CAGAAGAAGAGAGGGGCUGUUGUUAUGGGAAGAGGCGAGUGGACAGAAAGGCUUCUAAACUCCGUAUUAAAAAAACUGAACAAAUGCAGCGCCUACAAACAUACAGCACACUUCACUCCGUGACCGGUUUAUACCGUCUGGCUUUUGAAAUACAUUAAGGAAGUCUGGACUUUUGUGGACAGCCCUGAAGCUGAUGACCGCUGGUGGGUGAUCUGCUGUCCUGCUCCAUCAGAGAUAGACAUCCAGCAGCUACAAUGACGGUCACCAUGAAGACAAAGACCUACAAGCUUGUAGUGCACAAGAAGGGCUUUGGAGGGAGUGAUGAUGAGCUGAUGAUGAACCCGAAGGUGUUCCCUCAGGUUAAACUGGGUGACAUCGUGGAGAUCGCACACCCAAACGAUGAAUACAGUCCUCUCCUGCUGCAAGUGAAAAGUCUGAAAGAGGAUCUUCAGAAAGAGACAAUCAGUGUGGACCAGACUGUCGCUCAGGCCUUCAAACUCAGAGCCUAUCAGGAUGUCAUCAUAAACAUUGUGGACCCAAAGGAUGUAACUCUGGAUCUAGUAGAACUGACCUUCAAAGACCAGUACAUCGGCCGAGGGGACAUGUGGAGGCUGAAGAAGAGUCUGGUGAGCACGUGUGCCUAUGUGACUCAGAAAGUGGAGUUUGCUGGAAUCAGGGCUCAGGCGAGUGAGCUGUGGGUGAAGGGUGAGAAGGUGACUUGUGGCUACAUCAGUGAGGACACGCGGGUGGUGUUCCGCUCCACCUCGGCUAUGGUGUACAUAUUUAUCCAAAUGAGCUGUGAGAUGUGGGACUUUGAUAUCUACGGUGAUCUUUAUUUUGAAAAGGCUGUCAAUGGUUUUCUGUCAGACCUGUUUACGAAGUGGAAGGAGAAGAAUUGUAGCCAUGAGGUCACAGUGGUGCUGUUCUCACGCACUUUCUAUGCUGCUAAGUCACUUGAUGAGUUUCCUGAGAGUCAGAGAGGCGUGAUCAGGCAGGAUCAUGAUGGACGCUUCUUUGAGGAUUUCUACAGAGUGGUGGCUCAGAAUGAAAGGAGGGAUGAGUGGACGUCUCUGCUGAUCACCAUUAAAAAACUCUUCAUCCAGUACCCUGUGCUUGUGCGCCUCAAAGGAGCAGACGGCUUUCCCUGUGGUCAGAAUUCCACCUCCGCUCAGGGGAAUUAUCUAGAAGCGAUAAACUUGUCAUUUAAUGUCUUUGACAAACAUUACAUCAACCGUAACUUUGAUCGCACCGGUCAGAUGUCUGUGGUCAUCACGCCAGGAGUGGGCGUGUUCGAGGUUGACCGUCUUCUAAUGAUCCUUACUAAACAGCGCAUGAUCGACAAUGGUAUUGGUGUAGAUCUGGUGUGUAUGGGCGAGCAGCCCCUCCAUGCUGUUCCUCUGUUUAAGUUACACAACCGAACUGUACCCGGCGACUCCAGACUGGAUGACUAUAAUCUGCCCCACUGGAUCAAUCACAGCUUCUACACGUCGAAGAGUCAGGGCUCAUGCAGCUGUUUCACUCCUAGGAUCAAACUUGCUGGCCGGAAGCUUCAUGCUGAGAAAUCCAAGAGCAGCAAAGAUCACUCUCUUGGGGCUCCGAAGGACUCAGAAAACAGUCUGCCCAUCCAGGUGGACUAUGAUGCCCACGAUGCUCAGGUCUUCAGACUUCCAGGACCUUCUAGAGCCCAGAGGAGCACAAACUUUAGGUCAAGCAGGGACAGAGAGGCCAGUAGGAAGAGUUGGGGUCCGGCAGAGUUGAGCAUUGGCGUGGGGGGCUGUUCUCCUCCUGUGCGUCUAGCAGGGGGCCCCGAUGAGCAGCGCAGUCUGGCAUCUGAUGACAGCCUGGGACACAUCUCCAACAUCCUGCUGAUCCCGCGGCAGGUGCACGGCCAGUACGAGGUCAGCAGCUCGCUUGGAUACACCAGCUGCACCAGAGAGUUGUUGGAGAGGAUGGUGGGGUCUCAGAGGGACUCCAGCGCUCCAGGCCGGUUUACUGUGGGCAGUGCUGAGUCCACCCUGCAUGUCCGGCCCGGGGGAUACACGCCUCAGAGAGCCCUCAUUAACCCCUUUGCUCCGUCGCGCAUGCCCAUGAAGCUCACCUCCAACCGCAGACGCUGGAUGCACACUUUCCCCGUGGGUCCCUCUGGUGAGGCGAUUCAGAUCCACCAUCAGACACGGCAGAACAUGGCCGAACUGCAAGGCAGCGAGCAGAGAGACCCCGCCCACACCUCCGCCGAGCUACUGGAACUGGCCUAUCACGAGGCCACUGGAAGGAGAUCAGUCUCUCGUCAGACUGGAGAGAAUGGGCUGUACAUCACUGGAGGGAAUGAUGAUUGUUCUGGUAGUCCAGCCAGCAGCAAUAGCACAGGUACACCAGUUAACCGCGGCUCUUUUGAAGAGUACUCCAGCAGCCCAGACCCAACCCUGCUGCUGUCUGCACCCCCAACAGUGCCUAGUUUCUGUUGUACGGUCGGGGUGGACUGGAAGUCUCUGACCACACCCGCCUGCCUCCCUCUGACCACCGACUACUUCCCUGACCGUCAGACACUGCAGAACGACUACACAGAGGGCUGCUAUGACCUGCUGCCCCACACUGACCUGGAAAGGCGUGAUGAUGAAGCCCCCAUAAUGACCGCUCCACGUGUGUUUGAGGAGUUUAUCUGUCAGAGGCUGAUGCAGGGCUACCAGAUCAUCGUCCAGCCCAACAGCAGGAAAGCCCCGCCCACUGUGGCCCCGCCUCUUAGCAGCAGCCCGCUCUACUCCAGAGGGUUGGUGUCUCGGAGGAAGGCAGAGGAAGAGGAGAGCUUGUUUUGGCUCAGUAUGGGUCGGACCUUCCAUAAAGUCUGCCUGAAGGACAAAAUCAUCACCGUGACUCGCUACCUGCCCAAGUAUCCAUACGAGUCCACUCAGAUCCAGUACAGCUACAGCCUCUGCCCUCCUCAUGCAGAAGGCCAUUUCGUCCCCUGCUGGGUGGAGUUCAGUCACGAGCGGCUGGAGGAGUAUAAAUGGAACUAUCUGGAUCAGUACAUCUGCUCUGCCGGCUCUGAGGACUUCAGCCUCAUUGACUCGCUGAAGUUCUGGCGGACGCGUUUCCUGCUACUGCCUGCAGGGGGAGCCAGGCGAGUGGCAGACGGCGAAGGCCACUGGGAUGUUUACGGUGAUGGGCCAGGGGCGGCGCGGGACGGCUCUGGGGCAGCAGGAGACUGGGCUCUGCUGGACGGAUUCAUCCGCUUCCUGGAGGGACUGAACAGGAUCCGCCGACGCCAUCGAUCCGACCGCAUCAUCCGGAAAGGAGCUGCUAUGAAGGGGCUUCAGGUCACAGGGCCUCUCUCUGCUUAUUCUCCGGAGCCUAUAGCGCCUCCGCUGGGCAAGAAAGGAGCUUCAGCUCUCUCCACCUUGCUGGAGCUUGACCAGACACACAAAUCUCAGGAGGAGCAGAUUGCCUCUCAGCAUGCGGCAGUGGGGAAAGUAACGGCGCCCUUCAGUGAAGCUGCCUCCGUUGCCGUGGCAACUGCUUACGUAGACAGCCCCCGGAAGGAUGCUGGCUUCAUGUUGGAUUUUAUUCGUAGCCCUCGCUCCUCCUACCUCUCUCACUCUCAGAUCCCUACUGAGCCUCUGACAGCCAAUCCUGCUGAUUCUGGGUUAAUGGACAAAGGAGGGAACCAACUGGGAACAGCUUGGGGCGGCACAGGCACAGGAGAGGCAGCAUCAGGCACUGCUACAGACUCAGGAGGUCAGCAGGGCAGUCUGAGUCUGUCAUCCUCCUCCACACUGCUGGAGAUCCUGGAGGCCAUCAGACACCCAACUACUGGCGUGCAACUGCUGCCAGAGCAGAAGGGGCUUCCACCCAACUGCUUCAUCAGUGCUGAGGUGGUUCACUGGCUGAUAAACACAGUAGAGAAUGUGGCCACUCAGGGCAUCGCCGUGGAGAUUAUGCAGAAAAUGCUGGAUGAAGGCCUGAUAGCUCACGCGUCCGGAGAAGCCAUGCGCACUUUUGUCUAUGGCUUCUACUUCUACAAGAUCGUGGACAAAGAGAGUGAGAAAGGUCCUGCUGCUCAGCUGCCUCCAGGUGGUGCUGGUGUGUGGUCGACAGCAGCGCUGGAGGACUUUGCGCUGUUCCAGAGGAAGUGGUUUGAGGUGGCGUUUGUGCUGGAGGAGCGACGGCCGUGUGACCUGCCUGCGUUCUUGCUGCCCUGGCUGCCCAGCCGACCUGCAUCGUACGCAAGUAGGCACAGCUCCUUCAGCCGCAGCUUCGGAGGACGCAGCCAGGCCGCCGCCCUGCUAGCUGCUACAGUUCCGGAGCAGAAGACGGUGACUCUGGACGUUGAUGUUAAUAACCGCAGUGAUCGCACCGAAUGGUGUAGCUGUUAUUAUCACGGCAACUUCUCGCUCAACUCAGCCUUCGAGAUAAAGCUUCACUGGAUGGCCGUCACUGCGGCUGUGCUGUUUGAGAUGGUGCAAGGUUGGCACAGGAAGGCGGCAUCAUGUGGCUUCCUGCUGGUGCCCGUCCUUGAGGUGCCUUUCGCAUUGCCCUCCUACUUGUACGGAGAUCCAUUCAGAGCACAACUCUUCAUCCCCCUCAACAUCCAGAGCCUGCUGAGGGACUCCAGCGACAGCCUGUUCGAUGGGUUUGAACCGGAGACAUACUGGGACAGGAUGCAGCUUUUCCAGGAGGCCAUUCUCUACAGGUUCGGGUUUGUUCAGGAUAAGUUUUCUGCUUCAGCCUUCAACUUCCCUGCUGAAAACAAGCCCCAGUACAUCCACGUCACAGGUACAGUCUUUAUGCAGUUGCCCUACUCUAAAAGAAAAUACUCUUGUGGUCAGCAGCGGAGACGCCGUAACUCUGCCUCCUCAGCCAGUCAGAGUCUGUUUGGCUGUGAGGAGAGAGUGGGCUACAACUGGGCUUACAACACAAUGCUGACCAAAGCCUGGAGGACCAGCGUGCUGGGCGAUGAAAAACUGGCCGACCGCCUCCUCCGUGACUUCACAGACUUUUGCGCCAACAAGGACAACCGACUGGUGGCCUUCUGGGACAGCUGUGUGGAGAAAAUGAACUCUAGUGCCCCCUAAAAUAGGCAAAGUGAGGCUUUGGCUGAGAAUUGCUGCUGGGAACAUGGCUGAGUAUGGCUUUAAAUCCUGAUUGGUGCCUAACUAAUAACCUAAUGUACUGCCUAACCAACGAGAGAAAAUAAAUAAAUAAAUUUAAAGAACUAACUCAA